UCAGCUGGGGCGCAGUGCGUAAGCCUCGACAGUCUGAGGUAGACGUCGAUAACCAGCAGAAGCCCAAUUCUUCUUAGAAUUUUGGCGAUUGAAGACAGAUAUGACCAUAUUUUCACGGUUCGGCAUCCUUCUCAGACACCAGAAGCGGGCGAACAUGUCGGAAAUGCUCAAAGGCCAUGGACUGCGCUAUGCUUCCUUCCUACACCAAAAGGGUUACAUUGGAGGCCAGUGGGUCUCAGCUGCCAGUGGGAAGACUUUUGAAGUUACAAAUCCGAGCAAUGGCAAAGUGAUUGCAAGUGUCCCAGACAUGGAUGAACAUGAUGCGCAAAUGGCCAUUGAUGCUGCCUAUGAUGCCUUCCAGACUUGGAGGAGAACCACGGCCAAGGAACGUGCCAUUCUUCUACGUAAAUGGUACAGUCUGAUGGAAGAGCAUAAGGAGGACUUGGCAAUCCUAAUGACAGCAGAAGCAGGAAAGCCUCUCGUCGAGUCCCGUGGUGAAAUCACUUAUGGAAGCUCAUUCCUUGAGUGGUUUGCAGAAGAGGCUAGACGCAUACAUGGUGAGGUAGUUCAGAGUCCAGCACCCAGCAAGGAGAUGAUUUUCCUCCGUGAACCUAUUGGUGUUGUGUCCAUGAUUACACCAUGGAACUUCCCGAAUGCCAUGAUUACACGCAAAGCAGGAGCUGCCCUGGCUGCAGGAUGCACGUGUGUCAUUAAACCGGCAGAAGACACCCCAUUCUCAGCACUUGCAGCUGUGGACCUUGCUGAAAAGGCUGGGAUUCCUCCAGGUGUUGUAAAUGUGGUGACAGCAUCAAGGCCAAACACACCAGCUGUAGGGGAGAUUCUAUGCACAAGCCCAAAAGUAGCAGGCAUGUCCUUCACAGGAUCAACUGUAGUAGGGCAGUUAUUGUACAAGCUCUGUUCAACGGGCAUCAAGAGGAUUGGACUGGAGUUAGGAGGAAAUGCCCCUUUCAUUGUCUUCAAUGGGGCUAAUUUGAAAUCAGCUGUUGAAGGACUAAUGGUUGCAAAGUUCAGGAAUGCAGGACAGGCUUGCAUCAGUGCAAACAGGAUCUUGGUUCAGUCUGGAGUCUAUGAUCAGUUCCUGGAGCAGCUUAAGGAGGCUGUGAGCAAGCAACUGGUUGUAGGGGAUGGAUUUGACAAGGGAGUUAAUCAGGGACCUAUCAUUAACCAAAGUCAGCUGAAUAAGGUCAGUGCCAUUGUCAAGGACUCAGUUGCUGCUGGAGCUCACUUGGUGACUGGAGGGAACCCUCACAAACUGGGGGGUCUGUUCUACGAGCCAACCAUCCUGACUGAGGUCACAGAGGAUAUGCCUUGCUUCAAGGAGGAAAUCUUUGGCCCAGUUGUGGCUGUUAGGAAAUUUGAGACUGAAGAAGAGGCUUUGCAGAUUGCCAAUAACUCUGACCGUGGUUUGGCUGCUUAUUUCUACAGCCAAGAUGUUUCACAGGUAUGGCGAGUGGCUAGGAGAUUGGAAACAGGUAUGAUUGGCAUUAAUGAGGGCCUAAUCUCUGCUACAGAAGGUGCAUUUGGAGGUGUGAAACAGUCAGGAAUUGGAAGAGAGGGUUCCAGGCAUGGUAUUGAUGAUUACACAAAUAUUAAGUACAUUUGUAUAGGAGGAAUUAAUUAAAUGCUUGGCAUAUUGUGGCUGGUAUAGGUCAGGGCAGCUUAUUUUGAACUGAAAAUACUGACAUGUCUUUUCAAUAUCUGUAUUUAAGCUGAUAUUUACAAUGAGUUAUAAAAUUACGUAAACUGAUAUGACAAUGGCGUUGAAAAUUAUGUCUUUCUCUUAGAUGUAUAUUAUUGAAAUGAUGAAUAUACUUUUAGUAGAUAGACAUUACUAAUUUGGUAUUAUAUUGAGUGUGAAGAUCUACCAAAUGGAUUUGGUAUAAAAUGAUUAUAAAAUGUUCCCUAAUGAUUGAUAUAAAAGUUAAUCUAUGUGGUAUGGAUGCACUAAGCUAGGGCAAAUUGAAGAUGAUAGUCUUGCAGAGGACAAAAAGUUGAAGACAUUCAUACAAGAAAUAAUCUGCAGACAUGAAUGUUAUGCUACAAAUAAAGGAAAAGGUUGCGGAAAGUGCCACUCACAGUCUAAGUUCACUCAGUGCUCCCGAGUUUCAGCUCUAUCUUGCUAUACAUAACAAGAUGAACACAAAAUUUCUUGUGGUGCACACUGGUCAACAUAUAUUAUUGAAUGGAUUUUGUGACGUGAAGUUGGGGACUUUGUAAUUGUAUUUAGAAUUACCAAUGUAAAUGCACUAGGAAUAUUUAAUAUUGAUCCUACAUUAGGAGUACUGUAAUAAAAAGGAUCCAAAAUUUGGGUGAUGAGAAAUGGAAAUUUUAUCAGCCAUUAUUAUAUGGCUUUUUUAUAUUGCACUUUCUGAUAAGUGUAUCCAUCUAUGUCUAUGUUUCUGUAUCAUUCUGUCAGUAUCUAUUUGUCUAUUGGUCCAUCUAUCAUUUUUUUUACCUUAUUAUUAAUUGUAAAAGUAAUUCAUAAAAUGAAUUUCUGAGCAAAAUAAAAUGUUGAAACCGCAGCAGUAUUCUGUGAAAUUAGUAACACUGCCAGUGAUGAUAAUAAUUGUAUGUUUUUGAUAAGAUUUAUGGCAACAUUGUCAUCAAAUGAUUAAAUGCCUUUUUGACAUGGAUUUUUGCUACCUUUUCAUGGUAAGAUUUUACUGUACUAUUGGAAAGAAAUUAUCUCUUAUAUAUAAUUGAAGUUAAGAUAAUCACUCCAGAUAGAUUGAUAAUUAGAAAUAAUUAUGUGAAAGAGAUGCUGAAGUGGAUGAAAAAUAUCAAAUUGCACCUUUGCACUUUACUCUAGAUUGCAAAUCAGUGGCACAAGUAAGCAAGAUCUUUGGCUUUCAGGAGCUUUAUAAAGAGUACAGUCUCAUAAUUGCUUAGAAAAUAGUUAAAAGAUAUAUAUAUUUACCUGAUGCUUUUCAUAUUUAUUCCAUAGUAUUUUUUUGUUAAUGUCAUUAUAACAUUAUAUGUUAACUUUUUGUUUUGAUUUGUUCCUUUUGUGUUCCUGCCUUGCCUGUCAGUGGUAUGUUUAGACAAGUUAUGCGUCAGUUGCAGGGCAUUCCCUUAUUGCAAUCAUGGGCAUCGUAUUAAGUAGAAUUCAUGUAUAUUUGUUGGCUGCAUAAUGUAGAACAGCUAAACAGGAUAUAUUCCAAAUAUACUGGGAUUAUACCAAUUUGCAUGAAAUACAAUUUUUUGUAGUAAGAAUAAGUAUGUUGUAUAUAUGCUUAGGUUUAUUUAGUCCAUACUCUGGUAUAACAGGAAGAAAAUUACAAAAAUGUAUACGUAUUAUUUUUGUGUCUUUAUUUUAUGUUUUUUUGAAGCAAUGUUCCAGGGAAAAAAAGGAAAUAAAAGUUGAUUUUAUUUCAUCUGCAUUGUUGCCGAAUUUGCUAAUGACACAGUACUUUGAAAGAAAUGCAUAUAUAAUGAUAAUAUUUUUAUUAGUAAGAUCUUGGGGAAUACUUCUCAAGGUUGCAAUAUAUUUUCUAUAUUAUAGCAAAGGAGUAACUCAAAAUUGUAAUCAUUUAAAAAAAUUUAAGACUGUUACUUUAAACUAUUUGUAAAAUAGAAAAUCAUAAAUUACUAUUACACUAUCCUAUUUGAAUAUGAGUUUUUCUGGCUAUAUGGGGGUUACACUUUCAUCAUUUACAAAGCACAAAAAUGUUCAGGUUCAAUAUCAGUGAGGCUCUUAACAGUAUACAAUUAUACACACCACAAUAUUAUAUGUUAAAGGAAAAUAAGAAAGUGAAGUAUUACUAUCAACCUGUCUUCAUAUCAUGCAUUUAUAACCUUGAAAUAAAGAGUCCUCAAUAUUGACUUGUAAAUGAUCAGGGAAUUAAUAUUCAUGCAUAUGGUUUUAUUUUUUAAUAUUAUUUUUAAAGAUAUUUUUAUGUACUACACGGUGCCAUAUUUUUUUUUCCUUCUUAGUCCAAAUUAACAGAUCAUAAUGAAGGAAAUGAAUAUUGUAUAACUAGAAAAGUAAAAAAAAAGAAAAUUCCUUGAUGGUUUAUAAACUAAUCAAUAGCGACAUUAAACAAGACAUAUCACAGUCUGUACACAAAAAUGUUCCUUAGUUCAACACUUGAUUUGUUGUGUUAUUGUACAAAUAUACAAAUUUUAUUAGAACCUUUAUUUUUACAUACUGUCUGGUUCGGUGUUUGCAAGGGUCUUCCAUUGAUGUUUAUUGUUAUUUGCUAUAUGAUGGGUUGUGUACUCAUGGAAACUAAAAUCCUUCAUAUGUAACAAAGCUGUGGUGUUACUGUCAGGUGUUGUGCUGUAUUUUUUGUUGUCCCUUGUAAAUUUGUUAAUUAAACUGGAGAUUUACCUUU